AUGAGUGGGGGAGUGAAUGUAAAGAGUCUUCCACGAGCCCAGCCGGGCUCAGGCAUCCCCCUGCAUAAGCCCAGACUUCCCUCCCCAAAACCUGAACCUAAAAGCAACAGCAGUAGCCUUCCUAGACCAUCUACACACAUCACCAACAGAACCCCAUGUAGUAGCAGUCCUACACCUGUCUCUUCCAGAGAUUUACUAAGGGACAGUACGCUCAGAAACCAGCAUCUCUUACUUAGAGGCAGUCCACCUAGUCAACGUUCUUCCACUAGUUCUCAAACACACUCCCAAGAUUCUAGAUCAGCCCACAGCAGUCCACAAGUUAGACGUAAAGAGUCUCCACUUUCUAGGGGUACACUAGAUGGGUCCAAGACAGAGAGUUUGCUUGACCUUCGGUCCAAUGGUAACAAGAAUUUCCAGAGUGGGAUCUUUCGUUCUCAGACAGGACAAAUAGACAAUGGUAAUCUCAGGAGUGUGAUCUCAGAACAACUCAAGUGCCACGAGGAGAGUUUUGCUUCUGGAAGCAGUCAAAGCAAGACUGGAAUCCCUUCAUUUAGAUUUAGUAACAAAAAUUUGAGGCCUGGCUCAGCAACUACUAACCUAGAAACGGGUCACCUCAGAGUCCGCAGGGAGCGUGUGUCCCUGCAGAACAGUGCCUCCAGUAGCUUCUCAGAUGAGGAAAUGUGCACCCCAGAUGACCUGAGCCCUGAAAUCCCACAUAGAUCACCACCCGAGACUACUGCAAUGCCAAAACAGGAGACCUCUAGUGUCAAGCUGCUCAAAGCCAAACAGACACCAAAGGUCAAUAUGGCAGCUGUGGCACCUUUCAGAUACAGGCUUCAGAUUCAGGAAGAAAUAUCUCUGGAUGAUUUCAGUGAUUGCUCCUCUGAUUCAAUUGAAGUCUGCUGUGAUGACCUCAAUACUGGAGGAAUGCUUGGGGGUAGCCCAAGAGGACAAGGAGUAGAUCUGGAGACUGAGGCUGACAAAACCCCCAAAGCCAAGACCCUUCAGGGCCAAGCAGGAGCAAAAGGAGUUGGGGGCAUGGCUGCGAAAAGGGGCAAGUCAGGGCUCCCACAGGCUACUCCUCGGGCUGAGCUGAAGGUGUACCGAGCAGGGAACUCUGAGGGUCGUCUUCCAGUGCCUAGCAACUUGCGAAAACAAAAGUCCUUGACCAAUCUAUGCGUACUUACAGAUGCCGAGAAGAAGAUGCACCUGUACCAACCCAAGUGGUCAGACGACAUGGAAAAGCAUGGGACAGGUCAGAACAAAUCAGGCAAGCUCAGAGAUCCCGGAAGUGGCAUUGGCAGGGGUAUCCCUCUUUCCAAGAACCUUUCAAAAUCGGAGCAUUCGCUGUUUCAGGGAAAGCCAAAACCCUUUAAUCCACCUUCCAGACUAGGCAAACCAAGUCGGAUACCUAAAAGUCCUUACGCUGAGGUCAAACCCAUCAGCAAGGCUCAAGAGCCGGCUGAUGACAGCAAGUCUGAUGAUGAGAUCUUGUCCAGCAAGGCUAAAGCUAAUGGUAAGAAAUCUUUAAGUGGUACAUCGGGAUCAGCCACUCCAGGUGGGGAUGGUGGUGGGAAAGAUGGACUGGAACCAGAGGAAGGUGACAAGGCCUUUCUAAAAGUGGACCCUGAACUGGUUGUAACAGUGCUUGGGGACCUGGAGCAGCUCCUCUUCAGUCAAAUGUUGGAUCCAGAGUCCCAGAGGAAACGCACCGUUCAAAAUGUCCUCGACCUCCGGCAGAACCUGGAAGAGACCAUGUCCAGCUUACGGGGGUCCCAACUCAGCCACAGCUGUAUCGAGAGCAGCAUGUGCUACGACAGCGAUGAGACAAACGCCCGCAGCAUCUCCAGCUUGUCCAACCGCUCGUCUCCUCUCUCCUGGCGCCAGGGCCAGUCCAGCCCUCGUCUGCAGGCUGGCGACGCCCCGUCCUCCGGGGUUUCUGCCCACUCACUGCCCAUCCGAGCCUCUGCGCAAAUCAGCCACCUGCAGCGCAUUCAGCUCAUUGAGAGCCUGGACACCAAUGAUGAUGAUCUGACACAACUCAAAUCAGCAUACCUCAGUGACGGCAACCUGACCGCUAAAAGCCAGCCUGAUGAUGACGAAGAUGAGGAUGAUGAUGAUGUAGAAGUCGAUGAUGAUGAUGAUGACCUCGCCAAUGGCUGGGAUGAAAGCAGCUCGAUCAGCAGUGGAUUGAGCGACGGAUCGGACAACCUCAGCUCUGAGGAGUUCAACGCAGGCUCUUCCCUCAACUCCCUGCCGACCACUCCCAUUGGCUCCCGCCGAAACUCCACCAUUGUGCUGCGCACUGAUGCAGAGAAGCGCUCUUUGGUCGAGAGUGGCCUGUCCUGGUACAGUGAGGAGGGAAAGACUCAGUGCCAGACUGAUGGAGUCUACGACACCGGCAGCCUAAAGACAGACUUGUCCAGUAAGUGGAAGAAGAGCCGAUCGCAGGAUGACGCAACAGUGAAGGGCGAGCUGAGGAAACCACAGACGCUCGGCCUGAAGAAGAGCCGAAAUCCUCCUGUGGGCGUCACGUCACCCAUCACACACUCCUCACAGAGCCUGCUCAAGGUGCCAGGAGUCCCAAAGAAUGAUCAGCGAGUUGCGGACAAGGCCAAAAUGGCUGUGAAAUCAUCUGGACUGCAGCGCUCCAGUUCAGAUGCAGGAAAAGACCGUGGGGAGCACCGAAAACCUCCAUCCGGGCUCAUCCGUCCCUCCGCUGGCACCACUAACUCCUUCGGCUACAAGAAAAACACUCCAACUACCGGCACUGCCACUGUUCUUACAACCGGACCAAAUACUGUCCCAGUAGACUCUUCGAUUGUGAACAAAACUCCUAAAACCUCUGGUAUCCCAGUGAAACCUUCUGCUGGUGGAGGACGGAAGACCAGCCUGGACGUUUCAAACUGUGAUCAAGGCUUCAUGGCUCCAAAUGCACGAAACAACAUCCAAUAUCGCAGCCUUCCAAGACCUGCUAAAACCAGCACUUUAAGUCUAACAGGAGGCCGCCCGGGUGCUCGUCCCGUCAGCAGUAACAUUGACAUUGGUCUUCAGGGCCUGAAAACAGUCCCGGCCCCGUCCCGACUGAAGGAGCCAGGCAAGAGCUCGCAUCGGGCCAGUACAGGCGGCUGCACUCCGGUCAACCAGACGGACAGAGAGAAGGAGAAAGCCAAAGCAAAGGCCGUAGCGUCUGAUUCUGAGUGUGGCGGAGGAGGACUGAUGAAAAAUGGCACACUGACACCCACUCAAUGUGCGCUGGAGCCUCCAUCCAAACUGCUGGGGCUUCGACAACCCUCCAGUUUGGGGAAAUACUCUGAGCUGCCUUCUCCAAACUCUCAGAGGCCCUCCAGUGCUCGAUCUCUGUCCAAGCCUCCUCUCCUAGAAAAGAUCUCCUCCACCAGCCUGGAAUGUGAGACCUCCAGUCCAGAAGACCAUCUUCCUCCAAAAGUGCCGCCGUACUCCAAAGUGCCGGAUCUCUCAGGACAGCUGAUCUCCAGCUCUCUGAGUCCCAGCCCGGCUCCAGUCCUCAGCAUCAGCUCUUCUCAGUGUUUCUCCAGCUCUGGAGGCUCACCCUCACUGUACCCACGUCUCUCUGGCCUGACCCGCAGCAUGGAGUCUUUGUCUCUGCAAAUGAGUGUGUGUCCUCCAGGCGGUGGGGCGGUGGACAGAGGGGCGUCUGGUGGCUGGACCAACAGCAGGGGAUCACUUUCACUCGCAGCUGACAGCUCACAAAAGGACAGAAAUACUCUCCCAAAGAAAGGCUUAAGCCAACAGCUCCUGUCGCAGGCAGAGGAGGACAGUAAAGAGAGACGACACUCACACACCAUCAUGAGCUCGACUGAGGCCAGCAGUCCACCACAGUUCCCUUCACCAUCACUGACAGGAAAAUUACCACUGACAAACAUCAUGAGUCCCAGCUCCAGCUCAGGAACACCUCGGAUGACCAGAUCCAACAGCAUUCCCACACACGAGGCCAGUUUCGAGCUCUAUCAGGCCUCUCCGCUAGGCAGCACCCUGUCCCUUGCAGAGCGGCCCAAGAGCAUGAUCCGCUCCGGCUCCUUCAGAGACAGAGACAAUGAUGACGUUCAUGGCUCAGUCCUGUCGCUGGUAUCCAAUGCCUCAUCCAGCUACUCAUCAGCGGAGGAGAGAAUGCAGGGCGAGCAAAUCCGCAAGUUGAGGAGAGAGCUGGAGUCCUCACAGGAGAAAGUGGCCUGUCUGACCACACAGCUGUCCGCUAAUGCGAAUCUGGUGGCAGCAUUUGAGCAGAGUCUGGCCCUCAUGACCUCUCGACUGCAGACCCUCUCGUUCAGCGCUGAGCAGAAGGAUGGUGAAUUAAUAGAGCUGAAGGAAACCAUCGAGAGCCUGAAGACCAAGAACAUGGAGGCGCAGGCCGUCAUCCACGUCGCCCUCAAUAACCCAGAUGUUGCCCCGAAAGAGUUGCGAAUCAGGAGGCAGAACUCAAGCGAAAGCAUCUCGAGUCUGAACAGCAUCACCAGUCACUCCAGUGUGGGUAGCCUGAAGGACGAUGCCAAGAAGAAGAAGAAGAAGAACUGGUUGCGAAGCUCUUUUGGCAAGGCAUUCAGCAUUAAGAAGGGUGCUAAAGGAGGCUCAAUGUACUCUGAUAUUGAAGAAAUCGUCACUCCAGACUCGUCUGCACCAAACUCCCCAAAACUGGCCCAUGAAGACGGAGAGAACCCGCCCCCUUCCCUUCAGUCCCUCCAAACAGCCGUCUCCUCUGUGAUUCUGGAGAGUAACGAGGAGACUGAAAGCGAUGAGAAGGUGGUGUCUGAGCUGCGGUCGGAGCUGUGGGAGAAGGAGAUGAAGCUCACAGAUAUCAGACUGGAAGCGCUGAACUCAGCACAUCAGCUGGAGCAGCUCAGAGAGGCCAUGAACAGUAUGCAGAAUAUGGUGGAAAAUCUAAAGGCAGAAAAUGACCAGCUGAAAACAGGAAGUGCUCCGUCAUCUCUUGUACUUCCCUGUGGUCCUCCGUCUUCUUCCACCUCUCAGCCAUCCGGCCUCGCCAGCCUCAUGAGCUCCAACCAAACUAAACCAGCCAUGAGCCUCACCAAAUCCUUCAGCCUAAGCCUCAACGAGUGCUUCACCGCCGAUGUCGCUCCUGUGGAGUUAUUGAGUGUGUCGUGUCAGAGGGAUGAGGUGUUUACUCGUGUGGUGGUCCGUAUAGCUGAUCAUCAAGUGUCCAGAGAGGCAAGGCAGCAAGAUUUCUACAUCGGCUCUGUGAAGAUUCAUGGGAAGACCAAGUGGUCUUCGCUAGACACAGACAUCGCCACAAUCUUCAGGGACUAUAUCUCCCAGUUGGAUCCGGGUGCAAGUAUGGGUCUGUCUGUGGACUCUAUCCACAGCUACUGUAUUAAUCAGAGCAGGAGGGUACUUGGAACCGAAGACCCAGAAAGUUCACCCUGUGACUGUUUACAAGCGACCCCUGGACUCGUCACGGUUACCCUCAAAGGUUUGAAGGAGAAGUGUGUGGACAGUCUGGUGUUUGAGACACUCAUCCCUAAGCCCAUGAUGCAGCACUACAUCAGUCUGCUUCUGAAGCACCGGCGCCUGGUCCUGUCAGGCCCCAGUGGCACAGGGAAGACUUAUCUAACCAUCCGUCUGGCCGAAUACCUGCUGGAGAGGAGCGGACGUGACCUCAACCCCGCCCUCAUCAGCACAUUUAACAUGCACCAACAGACCUGCAAGGACCUCCAGUUGUACCUGUCUAAUCUGGCCAAUCAGAUUGACCGAGACUGUGGCACCGAUGACAUACCAUUAGUUAUUAUAUUGGAUGAUAUCAGUGAUGCAACUUCCAUCACUGACAUUGUUAACAGUGCACUGACCUGCAAAUACCACAAAUGUCCUUAUGUCAUUGGAACCACAAAUCAGUCAUUUAAGAUGUCAUCAAAUCAUGGUCUGCACCUCAGCUUUCGAAUGAUCACCUUCUCCAACAACGUGGAGCCUGCCAAUGGGUUCCUGGUGCGGUACUUGCACAGGAAGUUGAUCGAGACGGAGAACAACAGCAAAGAUCACAAUGCUGAGGUGCUGAGGGUUCUGGACUGGGUGCCUAAACUCUGGUACCAUCUCCACACCUUCCUGGAGAAACACAGCACCUCAGACUUCCUCAUAGGUCCCUGCUUCUUCCUGUCUUGUCCAGUAUCAUUAGCAGAGUUUCGCACCUGGUUUAUUGACCUCUGGAACCAGUCCAUUAUUCCUUAUCUUCAGGAGGGAGCAAAGGAUGGUGUGAAGGUCCAUGGUCAAAAAGCAGCCUGGGAGGAUCCAGUGGAGUGGGUGAGAGAUACUCUACCCUGGCCUUCAGCUCAACAGGACCAGGCCAAACUCUUCCACCUCCCUCCACCAACCACUGGCCCUAACACUGCUCCAGCACAGCAGUCCAAUGAUGAAAGGUCCCACAAGGACACUGCCCUGCCCACGAUGGAGUCCGAUCCACUGAUGGCGAUGCUGCUGAAACUCCAGGAGUCUGCAAACUACAUUGAAUCGCCAGAACGGGACAUUUCAGGCAACCCCACUUUCUAGGCACUGAAGAACGUAAAAAUCUUGAUUAUGGCUAGUGCUGUUACAAAACACUCUUCUGUACAGCGAAUUUGCACCUCCUGUCUCCUUUAAGAGGUUUGCGAGAGUCAAGAAGAGGAACUCUCAAGAACAUCCAGGUCGGGGCAGACAAAACUCUCAGUCUGAAAGAAAAACGAAAGAACUGAUCUUGCCAGAUUUGGCAGGAAUCUGUUUUGCACUGUUGUCUUAACCAGUCCUUCCUUUGCUUAUCUAACCUGCAAGUUGCAUGGCAAUACUUGCAACAGAAGAUUGUGAAGAUUGGAUGAUUGUGAAGAUGAGAUGUUCUUAUCUUCCACACCAGUAACAAAAUGUGCUCCACAUUUGUUCAAUCUUACUGCUGUUUUGGGUAAUAUCUGCCCAUAUGGACCAAAAAUCAAUUUAUUCUUAUUUGCAAGAGCACUGAAACUCCAUCCUCAAGAUCAAGACACCUGAAGCCUGUGCACAAAGGUGCAGUUACAAUAUCAUGCCAUUUAGACCAACUCACAUGGAUGCAAAAUGUAAUGUACAAGACGGUGCUUAGAAUUCAGCCUUAAAUGAUGUCCCUCCAUAUAUCAUAAAAGUCAGUUCCAUAGCAAUCCGAAUAUAACUCUGUAUUACCUCACAGUUUGCAUAGUGAUGCAGUUUCAAGGUGCAGUACAUACCCAUAACCAGGAUGCAUUAUUCAAACAUGCAGAUAUGAAGGAGACGGGCAUAGACUGUAGAUCCCUUGAAAGGAUGCACUUUGAUUUAUAGCUUUCAAGAAAAAAGCACUGUCUGUUCACGAUUCAAGGAUCUUUUUUAUAGACGAAGCAACCAACCAAGUUAUUCAUUUUCAUUGACAGUUGGAGGCAACAUGAGCAAUAGAGAUUGUCAGCGAUGGACAAGUUGAGUAAAGUUCAACUAUAUGCAAUUUUGACGCAAUGUAGUGUCUACCAGUGGGAGAGCAGACAGUGAACCUCAUGUGAUCUGCCUUCUGAUAUUAUUUGUCAUUCAUUGUAAAUGAAAGUUGCUUUUAGUGACACUUGGAGAUGCAGCAAAGCUGAGCAUGAUAAACAGUUAAUAUGGUUCAUCUCAGGCGAUUUAAUCGCUGUCAGUAAUAACAGAGGUGCUGCUACCAGUGCCUGAGAGUAGUUUGUAACGACUUACCUUCAGUAAUCAUUUGAAGCAGUGCAUUGAAUCUAAGGCCUGUGAAUACUUCAUUUUCUACAGUCCACCAUGUCUCAUGCACAGCUGAUCAUGCAAGCCAUUCAAACUAUAUGUGAAGAUGAGUGUAUUCUUGUGGAGAUGAUUUCAAGCACCAAAUGACUUAUGUGCUGUUAUCCACAAAAAAAAUGUGCUGUGACUUGGAUUGGAACGUUGACAAUGACAGUAUAUGUCCAGGUUUACUUUCAACACCCAAGGUGCUCAUGGAUCAAAAUCAAAGGCUUUGUUCUCACUGACACUCCAAACCCAAUUCACUGAUGUCAUUAAUGUAGCAACUCCUGUAGGCCCUGUUUCCACUUGGUAUUAACAUGCAUUUUAAAUGCGUCUGCUCCGGCUUUGUAUUGUUAAAUUCAAUAUAUUUUGUCACAUUAUUUUGUGUGUCGAAUGCUGUUCAUCAACAUAUUGGAGGUUAAGCAACUGGGAAAGGAAGAAAGCUUACAGGAUAUCAAUGGCAGCAGCGAUUUAGAUCAUAAUCUGUUGUCAUAAUUAGAUUCUAUGCCAAUUUGGGAGCAUGCAGAGUGCAGUCACAGAAGUUCUGAUCAAUAAACAAGCCCAAGUUUAAAUCUUAAAAGUAAAAUAAAAGGAAUAGUUCACCCCAAAAUUAAGUCACCCCAUAAUUUACUUAUCCUCAAGCCAUCCUCUGUGUAUAUGACUCUCUUCUUGAACACAGUCAGAGUAGUUUUAGGCACUUCCAUGCUGUAUAAUGUUGUUGCGUAGUGACUCUUUUUAGAAGUGCAUCAUAAAAUUAACCCAAAUCAGGGGGUUACCGCUUGUCUUCUGAAGUGGAUUGAAGUGUUGUUGUUUUUUUUUUUACUUCUUUUUUCUUUUUUAAAUUAUUAACUUAAAUCACUUCCAGGCACUCUCAAGAACAUUUUGGCUGACUAUUUUUAUCACAUAUUUUAGUGCAUUUAGUACAAUAUGUCCCAAUUAUAUUGAGUAUUCUAUGCAUUUCCGACAAGUACGCAAUUAUUACCUUACAAAUAUGAUGUGGCAACAUUUAUUAUUGACUACCUCCAAAUGUGGUUUCUGUGAUCUGAUCACAAAACAGAUAGACAUUAAAUAGACAUUGUUUACACCUGGCUUUAGUGCCGAAAGCUUGUAAAUAUAAAUUGUAACACCAGAUUAAACAAGGACACAGAUACAGUAUACUGGGUAUUGACUCCACUGCCUGAACAAUUUGAGCUCCUGCCAAAUAAGAUGCUCGUGGAUUGGGUUUGAAAACAAAUCAGGAUGAUUUACAGUGUGAACAAAGUCAAAAUAGCUUAAGCAAUUUGUUUUGAUAAGUUAUGUCUGGCCUUUGUUAUGUCUAGAAGUUCAAAGCAAAUCUUUCAGUUGCACACACGCUUAUGUGCAUAUGUUUAUGUUAGUCUGAUAUGACAAAGUGACAACAGAAUUGGUUUUUAUCAAGUCAGAGAAUGACCCCACAUCAGGGUCUUUCCUAAUCUCUUGAAUUAUUCCUGUUACACACAGUAAAAAAGUAAUACAAUGGUGGAUUAUAACUUAUGAAUGCGUUUGCUGUUGGCUGAUAACAGGUGCUCCAGAACUGAACAUGCAUGAAAGCUUUAACUUUGAGAAAAAAAAAACAGUUUAAAAAGGCACCUUAUCAUGAGACACCCAAAGGACCUGUUGGCAAACAAUAUAAAAGAGCAAUGUGAUCUUCUACCUAAUGGAUUUUCUCAUACCAACUGGUGUUAGUAGCAGUAUAGCACGAGCCGUUUCAAACGCAAAAUGUAAAUUAAAUCAAAAUAUCAGUUUGCCAACACUCCCAUUGCUUAUGAUGAUGCUUGUGCUUGUGUUUACGUGCCCUGUUACUGUCAGACGUAGCUCUACAGACGAAUAACCAGAGGAGUGUUUUUUUAAAGGUCUUUUUUUAAUACUUUUUUACUAAAAGAUCUUAGUCUGGCAUUUGUAAAUAGGAUUUUUGCAAAAAAAAAAAAAAAAAAAGAAGCCAAAAAUACAUUAAAAAAGGCCGAUGGUAGAAUAAGCACGGUGAUGAUAACAAAUAACAACUAUAACAACUGAAUGUGUCUGGAUAGAUUUACAUAACAGCAGGUCACGGUCAUCUCUCAGUUACGGCCUUUCCUAUAGGGGCAAAUUAACUGCCACAAACUAACUAGAUCAUGUUGCCUAUGUACAUUUUUUUCUCUAUAAAAGUGUCCUCCGUAUACUCUUCCGGAUCGUACAAGGUACUACAGUAAAUAGCUUUUACGAUUGAGUUGGCCGCAGUAAAAAACAGUAAAACGUAAGUGGCGGCAGAGUUUCAAAUCACACAAGUACCUCAAAAUCUGUCUUAACAACUCUUUGUAUGAUCAUAGACAUCUCUUAAAGGAACACUUCACUUUUGUUUUGGAAAUGGCUGCAGCAGGCGCAAUGAUAUUAGUCAUGGUAUAGCAGUAAAGUUCCUUGAUUAUUACACCACAAUGAGAGUAUAGUUCCUAGCCAAAUCGGCUUAAAAAAUAGCAACUGUUCAUUUUCCAUCUAACUACAGAAUAGUCAGGCUUUAAAUAUAGGAAAAUUAUUAAAACUCUCUUUUUUUCUUCAUGACAUGCUAAUGUUUUAAUCCGAAUCAAUGAUUUAUGCUAAGCUAAGCUAAACAUACUCCUGCCAGAUCCGGAGAUCAGCUGAAUAUAUUCAUAAAUGGUGAAAUUCAACUGUUUAACACUAGAGGAGCUGGAUAAAAGCCAAUGGAGUGUUCCUUUAAUAUAGCUUAUGGAUAGAUUUGUGGCUUUGGGGGAAGAUUUCCCAGUAUUCGUCUUGAAAAUGUGCCUAAUAUAAGCCUACAUUGCAAUACCUAAUCGUUUUGCAAGGGAUUGUCAGCUGUGGAGGAUAAGAAUGUGAGUGAACAUGCUAUGCGUUUAUUUAUGCUAGCCUAUAAAUUACAUUGAGAUUUGAGCUCGUGAGCAGUCGUGUUUCCAAAUGUGCUCGAAAAGGAGGCAGCUUUGCCAGCUAGCACAAACUAAAGCCAUUUCCCACCAUCUCUUCUCAUGUUAAAAUAUAUUUACAUCAUAGUACAGUGUGCUUUAUCAUAUCUACUGUCUUUGCGUAAGAACUGGUGUACAUUGGGUAACCUUAAAUGGAGUCUUGAUUAAUUUAUUGAUUAUUUUUACUGGUUUAUGAUUAACAACGCUGAAUGUUCGAACAGGCACAGUAAUAAAAUUAAAAAACCUGUGCUUUUUAGACUCAUGCUUUUUAAUUGUUUCACAAGGUUUAAUAAGAACUGAUUUUGUCACUAUGCAGCGUUGGAAUAAUGUUUUAGUUAAGUCGUCAGCACCAAUGACAGAUGACAAUGGUAUAUGUGAUAAGCUAAUGUGCAGGUUUGGUGUUGUUGAUGUGUAUCACCAUUGUUUGUCUGGAAAAACACAUUGGACCUACACGUCCCAAUGGGAUUUCAAACAAAAACUUCUCUUCUUUUUUUUUCUUUUGGAUGUUGUUUUCUGUUUAAUAAAUCUUUCUAUUUUGUAUAGGACAUUGCAAUUGUAAACAUUGUAAAUAGUAAACUCAUCUGCGACCACAAUCACAGUAAAAUAUUGAAAGAAUCGGCCCUAAGAUGAGACACCUUUUGUUAAUGUCAUUUUUAUUAUUAUUGUUAUUAUUAUAUUUUGCAAAUUGUCUGCAAAAGGGUUAUAAAGGCAUGUGCUGAGCUGAGAGAAUUUCAUCCAUCAAGUAUUCACUCACGUUUUCAAUAAACUCGUGCCAUCCCUACAAGAACA